AUGCCAGACCCAGUCGGAGCUCAAGCCGGCAUAUUGAGACCAGCUGUCAAUGCUAAUAACUUUGAGAUCAAACCAGGACUCAUUCAGAUGGUUCAGCAGGGGCAAUUUGGUGGAAAUCCAGCUGAAGAUCCUAAUGCGCACUUAGCAAACUUUUUAGAGAUAUGCGACACCAUCAAAAUGAAUGGCGUUAGUGAGGAUGCAAUCAGACUGAGGCUGUUUCCUUUUUCGUUGAGAGAUAAAGCUAAGGUGUGGUUAAAUUCCACAGCUCCAAAUUCAUUUACCACAUGGGCAACCGUAUCACAAGCAUUCUUGAGUAAGUAUUUUCCACCAGGUAAGACUGCUAAACUCAGGAAUGAUAUUACUAGUUUUGUUCAAUUUGAUGGUGAAUCUUUGUAUGAGGCAUGGGAAAGGUUUAAGGAAUUGCAAAGACGGUGUCCACACCAUGGUCUGCCUGAUUGGUUAAUUGUGCAGACAUUCUAUAAUGGUCUAUCUCAUUCAGUUAGAAUCACUAUAGACGCUGCCGCAAGGGGUGCACUAAUGGGUAAGUCUACAGACGAUGCAUAUGAGCUACUUGAAGAAAUGGCUUCCAACAAUUAUCAAUGGUCUACUGAGAGAAGUAUGCCUAAGAAAGCCUCAGGUAUGUAUGAAGUUGAUGGCAUCAAUAUGUUAAACGCCAAGGUAGACAAUCUUGUAAAAAUUUUUGGUAAGUUGGGGAAUGGCAAUGCUGUUUAUUCUAAUUCCAAUUCUGCCAGUAAUUGUGAUUGGUAUGAGAAUUCUCACUUGGGUUCUGAUUGUAUGCAGGUUGAGCAAGCUCAGUAUAUUUCAAAUUAUAACAUGCAAAACCAGCAAAAUAACCCAUAUUCUAAUAGCUAUAAUGCAGGUUGGAGAAAUCACCCCAAUUUUUCCUGGAGGGAUCAGGGCAGCAGUAGCAAUUCUAGGCCUAACAAUCCUCCUGGUUUUCAACCAAGACCUCAAGGAGUGAUGCAACAACAACCAGAAAGCAAGCCAUCUUGGGAGUUGGCAAUUGAAAAGUUAGCUAAUGCCACUGCAAAUAGAUUUGAAAAGUUGGAGGCAAAAGUAGACCAGAUGGCCAAUUUCAACAGAAAUUUGGAGGUUCAAUUGGGGCAGAUCUCAAAUGCUAUAAAUUCAAGAGAUCAAGGUAAGUUGCCCAGCAAAAUUGAGGUGAAUCCAAGAGAGGAAGUCAAGGCAGUGACAUUGAGAAGUGGUAAGCAACUUGGUGAGGUAAGUAGCGAACAUGUUACAGGUGAUGUUGAUAAAAAGAAUAAUGUUGAGAUUAGUGAUGAGAAUGAGAAGAAUGAGAUACCAUCUCUAACACCACUUGUUAAACCUUAUGUUCCUCCUAUCCCUUUUCCUCAAAGGCUUAAACAGAAUAAGGUUGACAAACAGUUUGAAAAAUUUCUUAAAGUUUUUAAGCAAUUGCGCAUUAACAUUCCAUUUGCAGAUGUUUUAGUGUAG